AUGAAGAAAUUAGGGUUUUCAACCCGAAAUCGCCGCCGGAGCUCGCCGCCCCCGAUCAGCGUCGCCGCCGGCUCAAGAUCGCGAAUUCGGUCGCCAUCACCGACCCCCUCCUCCUCACCACCGCCCGAAAGCGCCGCCGCCCAAGCUCGGCCAAGCCCUCGACGUCCCCGUUCAGCGUCGCCGCCGUCCCCUUGCCCUAGCCAUCACCUCCCCUCCUCCUCUCCAGCUCCCGAGAUCGCCGCCGCUGAGCGUCGCCGCCGGGUCAUCGCCGUCUACUCCUCCUCGCCAUCGAGCUCAGCCCUCGUCAUCAGCCACGCCUCCGACGGCAUUCGAGCUCAGCCCUCAGGUUCAUCGCCGCCUCCGGAGCUCGACCAAGCCCUCGGCGUCUGCCUCGCCAUCACCUCCCCCCUCCUCUCCACCUCUCGAAAUCGCCGCAGCCUGCGCUUGCCGUCCCCGCUCAGUGUUGCCGCCGGCUCAUCUCACUUCGCCGCUGUCAAGCUCACCUCCACCGAGGCAUCCGAACAUGAGGAGAAUGGUGAUGAGCUUAUGGGCGUUGAAAAUGGUGAAGAUAAUUUAAACAGCGUUGAUCCAUAUAUCGGAAUGGAGUUCUCUACUCAUGAGGAAGCUUAUAAUUUCUACAAUGCAUACGCCAGACUUAAGGGAUUUGGUGUUCGCAAGGGUCACACAGCUUGGUCGAGAAAGAAAGAUGCAAUCCUAUCUAGAAUAUUUGUAUGUGACAAAGAAGGCUUUAAAUCUUUAAAAGAUAAAAGUGAAGAUGGUCGGAAUGUAAUUCGAAAGUUUGAUACAAGAUGUGGAUGUAACGCAAGGAUGGUUAUUGGACUUGAUAGAAGCACUAAAAAGUGGGUGGUCCGAAAGUUAAACAGUAAGCAUAAUGGUCAUCCAUUAACCACCCCAACUCGGGUAAAGAAGCACUACUCACAUCGGACACUUCAUCGAGCUCAAUCGACAAAAAGGUUGAUAGAUACUCUUGACAAUCAAGGUUUACGGCCUUCUGCCAUUUGUAAGGUUGUAGACGUUGCUCAUGGCAAUGAACAAGGCUCUCUCACUCAACAAGAAUGCCAAGCACAACUUAGACUUAAACGAAGAAACAACGUCGGCCAUGAGUGCGUGAACAUAGUUCGUCAAUUUCAAGAGAAAAAGGUAUCUGAUCCUCAAUUUUACUUCGCACUUGAUUUAGAAAAUGAUGGGACGAUGAGAAGUGUUUUUUGGAUGGAUGGUAGGUCGAGGACUUCUUACUUGCAAUUUGGAGAUGUUGUUUGCUUUGAUGUUACAUAUAGAACGAACAAUUUAAAAUUGCCGUUUGCACCAUUUACGGGCGUUAACCAUCAUCGACAGUCUACUCUAUUUGGGUGUGCGUUACUGGCCGAUGAAACGGAGGAGACGUUUAUAUGGUUAUUUAGCCAAUGGUUAAAAUGUAUGUCGGGUAUAGCACCAGUAACAAUCAUCACUGAUCAAGAUAAAGCUAUGUGUGGUGCUAUUCACAAAGUUUUUCCUAAAACUCGCCAUCGCUUUUGUUCUUGGCACCUUCGUAGGAAUGCCUUACAAAAUCUUUAA